AUGCUCGCUCCUGAUGUCCUUCAAUACAUUUCUCUCACAUGCCUUGUUAAUCGUUAUCUGCUAAUAGGCCUGGCUAGUUUGACUGCAGGCCUUGAUGCAAACGGCUUCAUCGCUUCCAGUAGCUCCGGCUUAAAUUCAAGUCAGCCCCCGACCGGCUCGACAACAACCUGUUCAGGUAGUGCUGCUGCUCCGGGAUCUGCGAUUACCUUGAACCCGGGGCUCGCCAAUCUCCAAGAGGCAGUGUCUCGUCUACAGGCUAUUGUUAUUUGCCUUCCAUCUGAUUGGCGUUACAAACGAGAGUCUGCACGAGACCCAACUGAUGAUUCCACAGGCAGUCUGGAGAUAGGGACUCUCUCAAAUGAUAAUGGAGCACAUUCUGAAUCUAAUUCACCUCCGGUAGAAAACGGGCUGGCUCAAAUGAAACGAUUUACCGGACAAUUAUUAGAGCGGUGUAAAUCCAUUUCCCGUCAGCUAUUGGAGCUUUCUACAAAGGGGAAUGCUGAGGCUGCAACAGCCGGUCUAGUACUUAGGUGGGUCACUGGAAUGCGUUGGCAUCCCGUAAACGCUCUUAAGAGUUUAUAUUGUUUAUUGGUGUCACUUAAAAUUUGGAAUGAAACUCCGAUGUUACAUUGCGUUAACAAUAUGCAGGUUAUGAUCUGA